AACUCAGGAAUCUCCUUCGCCACUGAGACAAUACCAGGCCCCGAAUCAACCGACACCAUGGUCAAUUCCUGUUGUGGAUCCGUCUGCUCCGACCUGAGCUGUGGAAGAGGCUGCUGUGAGCCCAGCUGCUGCAGCAGCCCUUGCUGCCCCCCGACAUGCUGCCAAACCACUUGCUGCAGAACCACUUGCUGCCGCCCAACGUGUGGUGUGUCCAGCUGUUGCCACCCAACCUGCUGCAGGCCCACUUGCUGCCAGUCGGUCUGCUGCCAGCCCACUUGCUGCCGCCCAGUCUGCUGCGUGUCCAGCUGCUGCAGGCCUUGCUGCCCCCAACCUUGCUGUGUGUCCACCUGUUGCAGGCCCUGCUGCCCUCAACCAUGCUGCGUGUCCAGCUGCUGCAGGCCCUGCUGUCCUAGGCCCUGCUGCCCCCUACCCUGCUGUGUGACUAGUUGUUGCCAACCCUGCUGUCGCCCAGCCUGCUGUGUGACCAGCUGCUGUCAGCCCUGCUGCCGCCCAACGUGCUGCCAAACCACUUGCUGCCGUCCGACCUGCUGUGUUCCCAGCUGCUGCCAGCCCUGCUGCCGCCCAACGUGCUGCCAAACCACUUGCUGCAGAACCACCUGCUGCCGCCCUACUUGUGGAGCAUCAUCUUGCUGCUGA